CCAUCACUGUGCUCCCUAUUGCCCAAGAUUUCUACUUAGAUCGCACUCUCACGCACAGACGGCAUCAUGCAUACCCUAACCUCGAACCUCCUUCCAACUCAUUCUCCGAUUUCAUUUGGCCGGAAUCUCGCUCACUUUCGGUUGAAGUCGCCGCUGUACGCUGUUAAUUUUCGGCCAUCGCUACAGCCGAUUUCUGCCAUAGCGACGCCGGAUCUGAUUAAGGGCCAGAAGACGCACUCAAUGCCGCCGGAAAAGGUCGAAUUGUUUAAGUCGUUGGAAGGUUGGGCGAGUGAGAAUGUACUGCCGCUGCUGAAGCCGGUGCAACAGUGCUGGCAGCCGCAGGAUUUCUUGCCGGAUUCGACGCUGCCGUACGACGAAUUUGUCGAUCAAGUUAGGGCUCUGCGGGAACGGACGGCGGAACUGCCGGACGAGUACUUCGUGGUUCUGGUUGGGGAUAUGAUUACGGAGGACGCAUUGCCCACUUAUCAGACCAUGAUUAACACGCUGGAUGGUGUUAAGGACGAGACUGGGGCUAGCAGCAGCUCGUGGGCCAAGUGGACCCGGUCUUGGACCGCCGAGGAGAACCGCCAUGGCGACUUGCUCCGAACCUACCUCUAUUUAUCGGGUCGGGUCGAUAUGCAGAUGGUUGAGCGGACUGUCCAGUAUUUGAUCAGCUCCGGCAUGGACCCAGGAACGGAGAACAACCCAUACUUGGGUUUCGUGUACACGUCAUUUCAGGAGCGAGCCACGUUCGUAUCCCACGGCAACACCGGCCGUUUGGCCAAAGACAACGGCGAUACAGUCCUGGCUCGAAUCUGCGGCACCAUCGCCUCCGACGAGAAGCGCCACGAGAACGCAUAUUCCAGAAUCGUGAAGAAGCUUCUCGACGUGGACCCCUCUGGUGCCAUGCUGGCAAUUGAAGACAUGAUGCGUAAGAAGAUCACAAUGCCAGCUCACCUCAUGUACGACGGGGAAGACCCCAGGCUAUUCGACCACUUCUCCGCCGUUGCUCAGCGGCUUGGAAUCUACACGGCUAACGACUACGCAGACAUUCUGGAGGUGCUGGUGGAACGAUGGGCGUUGGAGAAGGUGGAGGGAUUGACGGCGGAGGGGCGACAGGCUCAGGAUUACGUGUGUGGCUUGGCGCCGAGGAUUAGGAAGCUUCAGGAGCGAGCCGAUGAGCGGGCUAAGAAGUUGAAGCCGUAUGGAGUGAAGUUCAGCUGGAUUUUUAAUAAGGAAAUCCCCAUUAUCUCCUAAGUUGUUCUUUUUCGUGUAAAAUUUUAAAUUAAAC